CCAAGCUACAAUCAAUAAGGUUAAACGUAUAAUGGAGACUGAAAAGUUCGUGUUCUCAUAAUAAAAAUCCGUUUUCGCAUGAAUUAACGAUUUUUAUAUACAUGAAAGACCUAACAAGUACAUACAAAAAUUCGAAAUCGUAUAAUUGUUUAAUUUUCUAAACACACAUUAAGAUGUAGUUAAUUAUUAUAUAGAGAAUUGAGUAGUAUUAAAGAUUAUAGGAAUGAAAAGCAUCAAUGCAAUAUACAUUUACUUAAAUAUUGAAUGAUUAUGUCCCCUAUUACGACUGCGUCUCACACUGGAUGGAAUAAACAGGUGGAACUAACUGAAAAUUUUUCUGUAAGUAUAUGACCUGACCCCGCAGGCGUUCUAUUGCGUGAAAUUAUGUGUUUUGAAAUGAAAAUAAAGUUGAAUUUAUAUUCUGUUAAAAAUCAUUUAUUUGCGAUUUUUCUACAUUUUUUUCAAUGUAGCGUAGCUUGAUAAACAACAUUUUUUGGAGUAAAUGUACAGAGAAGAUGGUAUUCCAACUUGUGAACACGCCACGUAAAGCCGGCCGUGUGAAAAACAUGGCAUUUCCAAAUUAAUGCCACACACUUCUAGCGACUAUCCUUGUGUCCUGUUGAUUCUCAUCGCAAAUGCAAAUCGUUGGAAUUCAAAGGAAUUCGUAGAAUCAAGCACUCGGCCGGCCAGCUUAUAUUCGAUAACUGCGUCACAAUCAGUCGGGUUCCAUUGCACAGUUUCGGCGCAUGAAGAUUGCGAAACAUAAUAAUCACAAAUCCAAGUUUUAGACGCCUCCAAAGAAUUUUGAAAUUCCACUGGAUAAUUCACGACUUCGUUUUCAUUGUCAAGACGAUCGAUCGAUUUGUAUGAGCGCAAACCUCCCGGUUUAAGUCAAUAACAUUGGUAUUUUUGGAAACUAAAAUUGCGCGUAAACUCAAGAAAUCGUAGUUACGAUAAUUUGGCCAAUGUUCCGAUAAACAUUCGUGAUGAGUUCAUCUUUCGUGGAUGUGAAUUGACAAAAGGCAGGUGAAAUUGAUAUCAAACCACCGGAAGUAUCAACCGAAAUUUGCUCAUUUCCAAUUCUUAGCGAAUACGAUGUAAAAAGUCUUGAAGGCUGAUAUGACGAAAUGAUCAUCGCAAAAAGUUUACGAACUUCAGUGGCAUGCGAAGUAGUUAUUGCAUCUUCCUGGUUUAAUUCCAGUGAUUAUCAUGUUUCAACAAUUGUAAUUGCUGGCAUGCUCCUCGAAAAGUUGCACACAGCGUGCCAUUUAGAGUACGCAAUGACUUAAAUGAAAUCCAACCGCGUACAAUAAUCAAUAGCAACCGAAGGUAGAAGCAAUCGUCGUUUUUAGGGUGGAUUGUAUAAAUUAGUCCUAAUGCAGUAGUUAAGAAAGUUAAGUUGAUCGGAUGCCCUUAUAUUAUUUGGCUAUGCUUUCUGCGUAACCAUUUGUUCGACGAUGUAUUCCAUGUAUAACAUUAACACAUUUUCGAAUAGAGCAUUGUUUUCGCAAACGGAUCACUGACACAAGUUGAGAAAAACUCGUCAAUGUCGAUUUCGUUGGCGGUAUUUCCGUUGGCUGUAUUGUAUUCUCUGGGUUGAAGUAUACUCUUUGGCCUUCUCCAAAUGUACUGCGAGAUGCUUAACAGUCGGAAAACGUUCAUGAAUUACAAAAGUAAACAUUGUAUCGUACAAAACGCUCCAUUGCAGCUCAUACAUCGAACCAUUUGAUACUUGCUGAUCUUAUAUCGUUCAAGGCCAAUAACCGCCAUGAUGCUUUCUUUGGUGACGCACUUGCAAACGUAUUUGAUCGGUUUUACCAAACUGCAAUGCUCAACAUUGAUAUGACUUGAAUGUUAAUUAGACAAUAAUGGCGAAUAUGGUACAAUCCAUGUGUUGUCAACUUCGAUAUACACUCCUCUAAAUUGAAUGCUAAAUGUUCUGCCAUUGUCGUCUGGUGAGCGACGCCGAUACGCUUCCGAAAUAAAAGCACGUGGAUAGUGUUUCGUACAUUUAUUGUCAGAUAUACAAACCGAAGUGGGAUUGUGGUGUCCGCAAGCUCCAUGAACCAUAUUGGUUUCCACCACUUCGUGCAAUUCUGGAUCUAUCUCUGAAUCAGGAAUUUCCGCAGAAAUAAUUUCAUAAUUGAUGUAACCACGAUCCAUAACUCCGCACGUACGUCAUCGUAUCCUGCGAGUACUCGUGCAUGUGCUUUGAGCUGCCAAUGUAAUAGUCAGUCUUAAGAAACGAUUCAAUAGAUGAAGAAGUAAAAGCCCACAGUUUCUGGUGCAGUCAAUGGAAAUUUGCCUUUAAAUUGUCUCAAAAAUAGUGAAAAAAUGCGAAAGCAGUGACAAAAUUGCAAUUACACCCAACUCUUUUUUUACGCCGUAGAUACGUUCCUCAGAAAUCCGUGUAAAAAAAGAGCCGUUUCCUAUAGUAAAAUGGGGGAUACGUUUCAUGUCAUUUGAAAUCCGAGUAAGAUGAAAUAAAGAACUAUAUUUAUUUCAAAAAACCGUGCAAAAAUGUUAAAAACUAUAAAUUUUCAGAUAUGCAUACAAAUUGUAUGUUCAUAUGGCAUUUUAUUGAGCAUUAAAACUUAAAAUACAUAAUUCAUACAGAUGAAAAAUUGGUAGAUUAAGCGAAAAAUAAAAGAAAUCUGUUAAUCUAGAAUUAAGGACAGAAAAAUUAGAAUAGAAAGAAGGAAAAAAUACAUAACUACAUAGCUACAUAAUUAUUCGUCGCUACUUGAUAACAAGCGCAAUUGUUUACCACGAACUGGACUAAAGUCGGCAUCAUCGCUGGAGAUAUCCAUUUCGGCAAUGUAAAUAUCAUGCGAACAAGAUGUGUAGGUAAGAGUUAUCAAAUAAGGGGUUUUCCCAGUUACUACCAUAUAUGAAUGUUUUCCAUUCAGCUUUUUUUUCAACCGUUUAACUUCAAAUCCGUGUAAAAAGAAACCGUGUAAACAAAGAAUUUGGUGUAUUGUAGUGAAUAAAAAAUUUAGUGAAAUUAUUUCUGUAUAGUGCGUUCAAAAAAAAAAUUACGUUAAAAAUAGAUAUAUAUAUAUUAAUCGGCAAAUUUAACUUAUGAAAAGGUCGAACCGAGCGGAGCUGGCCCAAAUCAUAAGAAGGUAAGAGGAGGUAAUUAAUAACUUGCUGCAGCAAACGGUACAGUUGCAGCGGCACCGUGCGACUUCUUCCUUUUCUUAAAAAUGAAUUUGGCCAUGAAAAGAAAGAGUUAUGCAGACGUAAAGGCCAUUCAAAAGGCUUUCACUGGCAUACUGGCGGCCAUACUGACCAACGAGCUAAAACAUAAAUUCGACAUGCGUUUGGACCGGGAAAAAAGCUGUAUUGAACAGAAGAAGACUAUUUUAAAUAAAAUAAAUUGAUUUUGCCGAAAAAAAAUUUGUUCUGUUUUAUUUCUUAAGUCCUGUAUUCUUUGUAACGGACGUUGUAUAAUAACUAGACUAUCAAAGGACACUAUAAAAUCAAAAGAAGUUCGAAAUUAGUAAAUCAAAUAACAUUAAAGUAAGAAAUAAUCAAAUCACUCAAACCAAUAAUAACUAUAGUAGCUAUAACCGUCAUAUAAAAUGUUGACUUUUGUUAAACUUUUGUAUUUAAAAUACGUUUUUAUUUUUCAGUGGUUAGAACAAGAAUGAGAAAAUGUGUAGAUACAUAAAAGUUCAGUUAUAGGAGGACUGCAUUUCGCCUCCUCAACGUUCAUAUGCAUGCAUAUUACAAAUCAAUAAGAUUCAUAUAAUUAAUUUAAACUUAGCAUUCCUGUCAACUUCUCGUGGCUAGGCUCUGAUAAACUUUUCAUCAAAAUAUCAACAAUUAUGUCACUGCUGCAACAAUAUUUGAGAUCGAUGCCGCCUCCUCGAUAAUUAUCCCUUAUGUAGUGAUAUUUUAUUUCGAUAUGUUAAGUUCUUGCGUGAAAUGCCGGAUUCUUUACAAGAUGCAUAGCACUGAGGUUAUUUCCAUUUACUAUGAUCUUCUUUGGACAUUCGAUUCUUCGUUUGAAUUAGUAUUUCGAAUCUAAUGCUCUUGUUGGCGCACGGUUUCGUAGAUAGUCUGCAGUGCAAACAGCCUCUGCCCAAAGAGUUUCGUUUACAUACGAACUGACCAGAGAACUUAAAGCAUAGAGAAGGUGCAGGUUCGACAGCGAACAUUUGUUAGAUUUAUAGCAGGGACCGUAACUCUUAUGACUUUUAUCGAAAAAAUCAAAAAAUAAGAGUUAUUUUUGAUUUUUAUAUAUUUAGAUCAAAAAUAAGAGUUAUUUUUGAUUUUUAUAUAUUUAGAUCAAAAAUAAAAGUUAUAUUUGAUUUUUAUUUUUUAUAUCAAAAAAUAAGAGUUAUUUUUGAUUUUUAUUUUUUUUUAUCAGUAAUAAAAAUCAAUUCAAAAUUUUUAUUUAUUUAUUUUUUGCUGUUAUUAUAACCGUACACCUUAGUUUUACUUUAAAGCUUAACAGAGAUUAAGAAACAUAUUAUGUCACAAAUUUUGAAUUGAUUUUUAUUAUUGAUUUAAAAAUAUAAAAAUCAAAAAUAAUCCUUAUUUUUUGAUCUAAAAAAAUAAAAAUCAAAAAUAACUUUUAUUUUUGAUCUAAAAAAAUAAAAAUCAAAAAUAACUUUUAUUUUUGAUCUAAAUAUAUAAAAAUCAAAAUUUAAAAAUCAUACAAUAUUUCGCAUAUAGUUCACCUAAAAAUCAUGAUGGUGUAAUCAAAACUUUUCUACGAUGUUCCUUUAUGUAUGAUUUUUUUUAUUAAAAAUUGUAAAAUAACUCUUAUUUCCGGUCCCUGAUUUAUAGUAAGGAAUUCACCUCACAACCACAGAAUUUACGCUGUGAAAUGUUAACAUUUUUAACAGUUCUCCACAUACUCAACAGAGAACUUGAAGAGAAAUAAAUAUACGUAUGUAUUUUCGGCAUAUGAUGACGUGGCAUGUGUGCUCAAAAAGAGAAUAUGAAGAGACAUAUGUAAAUAUAAAUAUGUAUGCAUUCUUCUUAUGAUACUCCCAACAAUAGCAUUGUGAUAUUUUCAUGCUUCAAUUUUCGCCUUCAACUAGCGAAUCGCAAUGUAUGCAAAUAUGUAUGCUUUUGCGUUUUGCCGUCGACAUUUCCAUAUUGGCAUGUAAAAAUAAUUAUAAUAUGAGUAUAAUUUUGUAUGAAUGCAUGCAUAGUAACAUUUAUAGUCAAUUUGGACUUGCAUAUUUAAUAAUUUUAUUUGAUUUUUACAUAAUAUACUAUACUAAUAAAUAUUUUUGUAUUAUGUUUCUUAAUAAUAGAAACUGAAUUUAUCACAACAAUAUAUAUGUAAAUACAUCGUCUAUCAUAUUAGUCUUAUUAUCAUAUGAAUAUAUGUAUACGCAUAUGCGCGCAUUGAUCUGCAUGUUCAUACAUUCAUAUAUACAUAUGAACCACCAAUUGGAAGAAGGGAAUAAAAGCCGUUUUUGACGAAAUAGAUUUUUACUCAUAUUAGCUUUUUUCAAUCGUAAAACUACGCGUCAGGUUGAAAAAAGAAAUAAAAAAAGUCAAACGCCAUUGUACUCGUAAUACUAGCGUCAAAAAAAAAAUUUAAGUUGGAAGAAGGAAAUAAAUCAUGAAUUGUGUGGCACCCAUACAUCGAGCUUCUUAGUGACUCCAAGCUUCUUCAAAUGGUUUAUAACGGUUUGAUGACUACUAUGCCGGUCUCUUUCGACCAAUUCAGCGAUUUUAUCGCAAUUUUCGACGACAGGCCUUCCGGAGCGUGGCGCAUCUUCGACCACCUCUACACCAAAACGGAAACGUUGAAACCAUCGUUGUGCGGUCGUUAUCGGGUCCAUAAACUGUACAAAUUUUAUUGGCGGCUGAGAUGCAUUUUUGCCUUUAUCGUAGUAGUACUGUAAAAUAUGCCGUAUUUUCUCUUUAUUUUGCUCCAUGUUUGCGACGCUAUAACUCACGAACGACUUAAAAGAAACGUCAAUCAAUCAAACACGUGCUAGCGCGCUUUCCAAAAAGGUAUAGCAUGACCUGAUGCGACGAAUAAAACUAAAACUACACGCUUUCAGCGCCAACUAGUGAAAAUACCGCAAGACUUUUUUGACAACCAUAUGUAUAAGUUAACACUAAACAUAUUUACGUUUCUCACCACACAUAUUUACAUUUCUUAAUAAUUAUUAUUAUUAUUAUAAGUACGGUUGACAAACAGGUUGGACUAAGAAGAUAUAGUCUUCCCAAUGAGUAAUAGUGACUAAACGGAAAAAAAUUAUAUAAUAAAAUAAAAUCCCUUUUUAAAAAACUAAAAUAAAAAGUAUUUUAUUAACUGGCGCCCGACAUAAAAUCGCGAGAAUUUAAAUAAAAAAAAUGUUUGUGAAAACCCUUGCCUGUAGUGUCCGUCCGCAGGCAACCGCGCGGUAAAGUGUCGCUACCGAAUCCCGAGUAGCAAGAUAUGCAAAAAGGACGAAAUUCGAGCGAUCGGUGCGGUAAAUUAAGAAAAAAAAACAAACAAUCAUAUGAUAACACUUAUUAAAAUUUAAAUUGUGAGAAACAUUUUUGUGUAUAAGAAAACAAUCAUCAAGCAGCAGAGACAACAUUUUAAAAUAAAUAAAGCACAAAUAAAGACAAUUUACAUUGAGAAAUUUAAAUUAGGCAACAACAAUAACAUCAGAAAUAGCAACAACGAAACUCAUCAUCGAAAAAAACAAAAUCAGAAACAGCAACAACAAAACUCAUCACCAAUAACAGCAAUAGCAUCAGAAACAGCAGCAAGUUAUAAAACAAUGCAGCAGGUCUACCUAAUAUUGUAAGUCCUUAAUUAUUUUAAUAUUUUAGAUGCUAUAGCAAUAAAAAAAACGUUUCAAUAGUAAAUAGAGAUACCAUACCUUUAUACUAAUUAAAUAAGAAAUAAAAAAAAAUAAUAAUAAUAAAUAAAUAGAAUAAAUUAUAGUUAACUUUGCGAAUCAAUAUGGCUAACCCUAACAAUUUAGUAAGACCACCCCUUCUUAACGUUCCAAAUCCCAAUUCCCCCCCAAACCAUAUGUCCGCAGAAGACCUAGAGAACAGAAUAGCGUCUUUUUGUGCACAACAGUGUAGAAUAGGGUGGGUUGAUUCCGGACUUUUUUCGAUUCGGGAUUUCUAAUAGGGCGGAAAAGUUGCCUUAGCAUUUCCUGAUUCCAAUGCAACUUUUUGUUUUGAGAUCGGAUUGCAUCUUCAACCCCAACUCCGGCCUUGGAAUUUCGGAAAUUCGCCCAAAAUCGUGAAAUUGUCUACCUAGCGCCUGAAAUGCGCAUCUCAUGGCAAAAUGUAUAAAACAAAAGUUAUUUGUCACGUCAUUUGCUACCGAAAUGGUAUAUGUGAUCAUGGCCGUAGGACGAACCGUUUCCGAGAUACGAGCGAAAAUGCGGCGCGUCACAGCGCAAGGUGAAAAUUGUUGCAGCUCUCAGUUAACCUGUAUUGGUCACCCAGAACCCAUCGCGUGGAGGUGGCUGCUCUUCGGGUUCCUCCCAAGCUCAACCCAACCAACCAACCAUAAGUCAGGCUUGUUUUAGUCUGAAUCUGUGUCAAAUUUAUUGAUAAAAUCAGAUUUUGUACUAAACUUUGGCACUUGUUGCCUAGAUUUCAGUGUAGAGCGUAUAAAACGAUCACGAGAUUGAGGGCCAAUAACUUUCGAAGAUGCCUUUGUCACCAGUAUGCCGGUUCUCUCGACUGCCACGGUGUGAGAGGGGAAUUCACUAAAUUUCCAUACCUCUGCAGUGUCUCCCGACAGCCCAUUUAUGAGUUCUUCGUUAGAAACUGUUUAAGAGUGUUGCUUAAAUAUGAAAACGGGAGCACAAACCACUUUUAUGAUCGCCAAAGAAAACGCCAACUUAUUUAAAAUGAACAAUCGUGUUAAUUUAAUGUUUAUUUAAUAUAUGUACAAAUGUUUUUUAUACAAGCAAACUUUUUUAAUGUUAUUAAAAUGCGGAUGCCGACGCUAACCGAAUUGGGUGCCCAAAGAAUUUUAUCGCGCAGGCUCGUCGUCGUAUCACGUUAGUAUCGACCUGACCUAGCGCACAGGAUCGAUAUACCACGAAGUUAAUAAAUGGAAGUUGGUGUCGACGUGACUCAACUUGGAAAUAUGAAAACCGAAAGUUGAAUGCUAAUGCAGGAUUGAUCCGAUUUAAUGUGCGAGAGUUUACUGCAGCGCGAGAUCGGUGAACGUAUGCUGAUAUGCGAACUGUAUGCAACGAAGUGUCUGCUGUAAAUUUUUCCAUCCUUUUUGUUGAUGAAGUUGAUGUAUAGGAGUGGUGUGUUAUAUUGAUAUUGUUGUGUAGUGGCAUCCUGUAUUGAAUUGCGCUGUAGCAUUAGGAUGCGCCAGUUUCACCGGGUAGAGGGGGUGGAUGCUUAACUCAUUUAAACAGAAACUGAACAAAGAACUGGUGGGACAGUCAAAGUAAUAGUCUUCCAGUUAAUCAUAUCGUAAUAAUUAUUAGCUUUGAAAUUCAGCUUUGACACUUUAUUACAUCUAACCCUUCCAUUUACAGUGUCAGACUCUGCUUCUCUGGCUGCCAGAAGACGGUCAAGGGCCAACUUUCUGACUUCUAUCCGUUCGUUAGUCAUCAUACUAAGGAGAAUGUUUUCUGGAAGAGCAAAGAAAGUAUUCUAUUGAAUGGAUGAAUCGACAACCUUGCGCAGUUUAGCAGGUAAGUAUCUCGACCUUUGAAUUGCAUCGUAGAGAUGGCCUGAGCCAUCUUUGAUUGAACUGUUGAAUCUUAUUGAGAACCACAAAGGUGAGUAAACUGUAAGUACGUACUUGACCAAAAUCUUUAUUUCCUUUGUUAAUUUGUCAGUAGAAAUGUAUAAUCUCAGAAUUCUAUUUGCACAGGUGAGCCAGAGAGAUUUGCGCAUGUUACCUGGAUGCAUCGAGCUAAAUCUGAGGAACAUUGACCGGAAAUAACAGCUUCUGAUAUUUUAUAGAGAUAAGCUUGGUCUGUGCUAAGUUGGGUCGGAUUAAUAAUCUCAGAAGGUAAUUGGCAGGAUGGAAAACUUUCAAAUUUGACAACAGGCAACUUCUCACAAUCAGGGAGCAGUUUACCUAUGUCGCCAGAGAAUGUAUUUGGACUCUUUGAGACACCAUCUAUGUGUUCGAAAAGAAGUUCGUUGAAAUGUAGAAGACAAACAACCCACUGUAAUGGCCUACCUAUUCUUUCUUCUAGUUUCCGAAUGAUUCCACCUUUCCAACCUGUGUUCGUGUUGGUGCCAUCAGCACCGACAACUAGAUGUUCCACAUCAACUGAAUUGUCUUGUAAAUGUUGCCAUAUAGCUUGCGUCUCAUCCUCAGCUGACCCGGAAGGAGAGGUGACGUGGCCAAAGUAAUGACAACCAGGUUCCGCUAUAAGAGAAAUAUGUUCCUCUUUGACAGUGUCGCGGUAGUACUUUUCACCUUCGCCAUAUACAGAGUCAAUACUUUCGUUGCUUUGGAGCUUAACUCCAACACUUUUUUUUGCCCGACUAAUCUUGCAUUUGUCAGUGACAAAGCUAGUGAUAAAGCUAUCAAACCUGCUAUUUUGGCAUCCAGAAAAGCAGAUGAAACAAUCAAGGCCGCUGCUCUAUCACUUACUCCAAAUCUUUGGGCAGCUAAAGCAGUGUGUUCUAAUACUAGUGUGCUUUGAAUGGUUUUAUAGGAUGGAAGAGAAAACUCAUCAUCAGCAUCGUUUUUGGAAGAAUCCAUGUGCGACGCACCUACAUUGUUGUCGUCUGUAUGAGAGUCUGGGUGAUCUGAAUGGUCACGUGUUCUAGCUGAUACUUUUCUGGUAAGUGUUGAUGUUGAUUGACGUUUUGAAAGUUUUUCUAUACGUUCAUUUUUCUUUGUAAUAUUUUUUGUUUCAGGUAGAUCAACACUUCCAAUGCGACCAAUUCUUCUGGUUCUCUGGUCCAAGAGAAAUGGUUGUUCAUUGAUAGGAACUUUCCUUUCCUUUGGACAAGUGCAAGAAGAAAAAUAAAUGCAUUUACAAGCAGCGAUGUCAAAUAAUUUUCCGGCAGAAGAGACAAAUUCGUCUCUUUUGGAGCUCAAACAUAUUGGGUUCCUUAAAAACAUUUGUUUAAGAGUCAGAAAUUUCUUAUGGUAUGUGGUGAGCAUUUGUACAACUCUGGUGUGUGAAACUAUCGGAAUAGAUGACUUUUUGAAAGUAUUUUCAACCUUUUUUGCAACUAUUUCUGUAACCUCUUUACUCCUAGGUUCAUAGUUGUCGCCUCGGAGUCGCCUUAUACGAAAUCUUUCAAACUGAUAACACAAAAGAACAUCCUGGUAAGUAGGUAACUGGGACUCAGAGAGAUUGUACGGAUAUAUGCCAAACACAGGACAUUUCUGUCUAAAUUUAAAUUUAGAUACAGACAUUUUGAGUUCUGUGUUCUGUUGAGAGAAUAUAAAUGAUAGCAUUCGGCGAAAUCAACGACAAGAGUGAAGGAACUCGAUGAAAAAAUAUUUAUGUGGAGACCAGUCCGAACGUGUCGUAUGGCGCAGGGAAAUGAAUGUAAGUGAUAGAACUCGGCGAAAUCACCGACAAGAGUGAAGGAACUCGAUGAAAAAAUAUUUGUGUGGAGACCUAUCCAAACGUGUCCUUUGGCGUAGGUGAAUGAAUGUGAGUGAUAGCACUCGGCGAAAUCAACGUCAUGAAGUGUGGCCGCAAGCCGAUUUUCACCUUGCGCUGUGGCGCGCCGCAUUUUCGCUCGUAUCUCGGAAACGGUUCGUCCUACGGCCAUGAUCACAUAUACCAUUUCGGUAGCAAAUGACGUGACAAAUAACUUUUGUUUUAUACAUUUUGCAAUGAGAUGCGUAUUUCAGGCGCUAGGUAGACAAUUUCACGAUUUAAGGCGAAUUUCCGAAAUUUCAAGGCCGGAGUUGGGGUUGAAGAUGCAAUCCGAUCUCAAAACAAAAAGUUGCAUUGGAAUCAGGAAAUGCUAAGGCAACUUUUCCGCCCUAUUGGAAACCCCGAAUCGAAAAAAGUCCGGAAUCGACCCACCCUAUUGCCUACUCAGUCCGAAGUACCACCUGUUGGCAAGAGUAAUCCUGCGUUGGAUUUCCAGGCUGACAUUGUUGGUGGUGUUAAUGCUGGUUCCUAAAUAGACGAAAUAAUCGGGUGGUUUUUCGAUCCGGAGACAGCCAGGUAGCUUGAUGUAUCUUCUUAUGCUGGAAUCUAGUACUACAGAUAACCAUAUUUCGGGCCCCGGCGAAGUCGAUCAGCCUCAACCCAUUUGGGGAUGUUUCCUCGUGGAGGCUGAAUUUACCGACCGUAGUGCCAAAGAUACCUUCUUUGCCCACCCUGGCGUUGAAGUCGCCAAGCACGAUUUUGACAUCGUGGCGGGGCAUCUCUCAUAAGUGCGCUCCAAGCACUCAUAAAAAGCAUCUUUGGUCACAUCGUUCUUCUCUUCCGUCGGGGAGUGGGCGCAAGUCAGCGAUAUGUUGAAGAACCUCUCUUUGAUAGUACUCGGCGACGGAUUCUCUCUCCCACCACGAAUCCAACACCAAACUUGCGCUCUUUUAUAUGGCCACUGCAGUAAAUGUCACAAGGAGGACAUCUACCAGCUGGUCAGCGGCACCUUCCCAAUUAAGGGACCGGACAUUCCAGGUGCCUUGGACGGAGGACAUCUACCAGCUGGGCAGCGGCACCUUCCCAAUUAAGGGACCGGACAUUCCAGGUGCAUGCACUAAAAUCAUAGUCCUUAUUUCGUUUGCCAUGGUCGUCAUCAAAAGGGGGGUCUCUCAUCCGAGGCUGUUUUUUCCUUUUCAUUGGGGGUGUUUUUUUACGUGGCGGGCCCCAAACCCAGCGCACAACCCUAUGCAGGGGAUGUUUCGCCUUCAAACGGAUGUUCUUAGGCUACCCAGAGGAUAGUUGGUCAAAGACCGGAAGUCGUGAGCUGCUUGAGUCAUAUGUAAAAGAAUCGUUUCUGGCCACUCCCAAGUGAAUGGCGAUCAGAGAACUUUCCUCACUUGCGUGAACUUCUACACAUGACUCCAUCCUCCUGCUUUGUGACUUGUAUCAAUCCUUGUCCCGUCCAUCGUGUUUCCUGGACGGCUGUGAUGUCAGCCUUUAUUUUCGUUAGGACAUCAACCAGCUGGGCAGUGGAACCUUCCCAAUUAAGGGACCAGGCAUUCCAGCUGCAUGUCCUCAACUCGUAGUCCUUAUUUCGUUUGCCAUGGUCGUCAUCAAAAGAGGGGUCUCUCAGCCGAGGCUGAUUGCUAAUUUUCAUUGGGGAUACUUGGUCAAAGGCCGUAAGUCGUAAACUGCUUGAGCUAUAUGUAAAAGAAUCCUUUCUGGCCCCUCCUAAGUGAAUGGCGAUCAGAAAACUUCCCUCACUUGCGUAUAGUUUCAUCACUUAAAUCAAUAUUUAUUGGCCCAUUUGUUGAUUUGCAAUUUUUUGACCCAUAUUACGCACUUUUUCUUUCGCUUCCACACUAUUUGUUUCAUUGAUAUUAAAUUUAUCUGAGUCCACUUGCAUCACAUUAAAAACGUUUUCAACAUUGUCACAAGGAAUUUUUCGAAUAGAAAGUUCAUCACAAUUUAUUUGUAUAUCUGCUUGCAAACAAAAAUCUUCGCCGAUCAUCCAUUAAUUUUGAAGGUACUACCAACUAAAAUUGUGUAGCAUGGGAUGACCGAUUCGUUUAAUGGUUGCGUUCGAACUGAACUCUUCUUUAUUUUCUCUACACUUUCAUGUCGCCAGUUACAAGUUUAAAAACUCAGGGUUGCUUAUUUGAGUAACAUUAAAAUAAGGUAUAAUACAAAUUCAAUAGUACAUCAGGGUUGCUUAUUCGAGUAACAUUAAAAUAAGGUAUGAUACAAAUUCAAUAGUACAACAGGAUUGCUUAUUCGAGUAACAUUAAAAUAAGGUAUGAUACAAAUUCAAUAGUACAACAGGAUUGCUUAUUCAAGUAACAUUAAAAUAAGGUAACGAUACAACAUAAUACAGUAACCAUAUUUAUAUUGCUACAAUUCGGCCGUCCUGACCAUGAGAUCACCUGAUCUCAAGUGACUGACUAGACUUCGCGUCCUUUGAACCAUGGUUUUAUAUUUCCAACUGCCCAUACCCCGUGGUAUGGGACUCGAGACUGUUGAAACCCGUCGACAUCUCUAAGUAAGUAACGAUCGUUUCGUAAAACUUUUUCAAUACAAUACGGUCCCUUAAAUUUAGGAAUCAGUUUUUUAGACACCCCUACGUGAGAAUCGAAAUUUUUUAUAACCACAUAAUCUCCCUUUACAUAUUUUCUUGGCGCUCGCCUUUUUUUAUUAACAAAUUUUGUAUUAUACUGUUGCAACUGUUCUUGUUUUACACUUGCCUUCUCACGAAUAUCACGCAAAAUUCGAUUUUCACAUGACUUAUCAACUUCUCUUAAGUUUUCUUUCAGCGAAUCAACAACUUCACCUCUUUGACUUACACCGAAUAACAUUACGCUCGGGUGCUCCCCGGUUGUCCUAUGUAUCGUGUUAUUUAAAGCAUGCUCUAUACUUUCUAUUACCGCAUUCAAGUCGUAUCGUUUAUCUGUGUUUAACAUUUUUGAUAUCAUUGGCCCCAAACUCCUAUUUACCCGCUCUACCUGACCAUUUGCCUGUGGAGAACCUGUAGCGAUCUUAAUAUGCUGAACCGAGUUUUGUUCUAAAAAUUCUUUAAAUUCACCAGAUGAAUGAAUGAAUAGUUAAUUGAGGUUAUGCACCGCGACCUAGGGUCUAUUGUGCCCUACCUUCCUCUGCGAAUGGUAGGCACCUUGUCGUGGUGCAGGGGCUUAAACCGCAGCACAGCACGGCAUCUCCCAUCCGCCAGGGAUGAUGCUGCUUAGCAUCUCCCCUGUGGGAUGGCAGAAGCCGCAUGUGCGCGGUGACCAAGAGCUACCACCUCCUAAUCCAGGGUGUCAUGCGACCCGUGCCCAUUGGAUGAUUUGCAGCCAGGAGGUAAAUUCGGCUGUAUUCGAACGGAGCCUUCCCAACACCGGGCCGCCUUGGGAAGUAACGGUGGCCUUACUGCGUCAAGGGGCUCUGGCGCAGCGGACUCUUCGGAUUCCCCUUUCCAAGAUUAGACCGGGAGGCCUACAACACGGGCCGAACGGUCGUACGACCAAGAUGAUUCAACAACAAAACCAAGAAACAACCAAAGAGACAACGGCAACAACUACGGCAACAACAACGGCAACAACCGAAUCGACAACAACAACAACAACAACGAAAAUCGGAGAAACAAGCAGAAGCAGCGGCAACAGUAGUACCGCAAGCAAGAGUGGCCCAGGAACUAGAAAGAAGUAUAGGUUCCUGGAUGCCCUGUCGCCUGAUGAGCGAGCACUCUUUGAGGAGCACGCACGCGAUGAUGACGAUGCGCCCUCUUGCAGCGGUACACAGCGUAGUGAGUCCACUAGGACCACGGUAAAUCGCGCAAAUGCUGCCCCCGCAACCCCCUUGAGCAGGAUCGACGGCAAAGAGGAGGGUGGUUUCACGAAAGUGGAAUCUAGGGGUGAACGCAAACGGAGACGGCAACGAGGGAACAUUCCACGUACCCCGGAGCAAGGACAGCCAGGAGGUCAUGGCGAUCCUCGCAGAGCAGGAAUGAGCGGAGCCACUCUUAAGUGGUACCUUAGGUUCCUGGAGGACGGCAUGACACCAGAGUCAGCUGAAAAGCGGGCUCUGAGUAGGAGCAGUGGGAACAAUCCCUCUGCCAACAACGCACAGCGCACAGGUGCCAACGGUGGAUCGGCGGCAACGAGACGCAGAAAUCGUAGGCGUCGCCGAGCUCACGCUGCCUCGCUUGAGGGAAGGAGCGAAGCAAAGCCGGCACCCCAGGAGGCACCUAGAAUUGAGAAGAGGAAGAGCGGCCAAAUCACACCUCAGGAGCCACCCAGACCAAAGAGGGUAAGAGAGGACAAGCCACAGGAGGCCAGUGGAAAGCGCUCCAACCCCAACCAGCAGCCGGUAAGAAAUGCAAGCCGCAAAUAUGCAGAGGCUGUGAGCAGCAUUCGGAUGGCUGUGCUGCCCCGCAACUACCCGGCGGAGGCCCUGGGGUCCGAACAAUUAACGGCUCUCCAGGACUGCAUCGUGGAUGCCCUAUGUGUCGGCAAAGGCUUCACCGGAGCCUUCAACGGCAUAUUUUUCAAGGGCGGCAUGCUGCUGGUUGACUGCCAGGAGGAGAAGUCGGCCACUUGGCUUCAAGAGAUCACACCAAAGCUGGAAGGUUGGAAGGGUCCGGCCCUGUGCGUAAGAAGGGGCGACGAGAUCCCUCAACUGUACAGCAUGGUGGCGUUCUUCCCGAGAAGCGCAGACAAAGGCUACGACACCGCGCUCAAUCUGGUAAAUAACCAGAAUGAAGGUUUAAGUGCCUCGGCGUGGAAGGUCGUAGCUAGUAAAAUUGAGGGUUCCGGGUGGAACCUCAAUAUAACGAUUGACGACGAAUCCUACAAAUACAUCCGGCAGAGGGGAUUCCGGCUAAAUUUCCGCUUCGGGAAAAUAAUUAUGAGGCCAUGGAGGCCCAAGACCACGUCGUCAAUCCAGGGUGCUACGACAGGGACGACCGAAUCAACAGCUCCACCCGAAACCCGCCAAGCAGCGCAUGAGGCAACUGCGGCUGUGGUUUCAGGAGAGCAAAUGGAGACCCCCAACGAACCCAUCCCGGCUGUGCAGUGUGAGACCACCGCCGCGGGUGUAGAAAGCAGCAAGGAGCCCCCCAUCGAGCAAGGAGGCACGCUGCCAUCAACCCAGGAGCUUCUGGAGGGGCUGGAGAUGCAGGUCGAGGAAGAGGUUGUGGACGAAGACCUGUCUCUCACCGAACCGGUCCUAUAAGCUCCAGAACCGGCAUGGAAGUGGCUCAGGUGAACCUACAUCACGCAUCGGCGGCCUCGGCAGUCAUCGUGAAGAGGUUCAUCUCGGAUAACCUGAGCAUCCUUCUAAUCCAGGAGCCCUGGGUUUUCAGAGGAGAGGUAAGAGGCCUCAACACGAGUAAUAGCAAGAGUUUCUAACGCAAGAUCUGGUGGCUGUGCAGGUGAAGGACAAGGAGGUGUCGGACUUUGUCAUGGCGUCCGCGUACUUCCCGGGUGAGACAGCUACGGCACCCCCCCCAUCGAUACUCAGUUUGGUGGAGUAUUGCAGGGCCAACAAUCUUCCCCUGACCCUAGGAUGCGAUGCCAAUGCGCAUCAUACGGAAUGGGGUAGUACGGACUGCAACGUGAGGGGUGAGUCACUUCUUGAGUUCAUACUUAGUAAUAGCAUUAGUAUAGAGAACGUAGGGUGUGAGCCAACAUUCGUAACCAGUGCUCGCAGUGAGGUCCUAGACAUCACCCUAAGCAACGACAGCAUGACCGGGUUGAUCUCACAGUGGCGGGUAUCAACAGAGCCCUCAAUGUCGGAUCACCGGAUCAUUCGUUUCGUUCUGGGGGUGAGUGUCGGGGA